GGUACUCCGAUCUAGUCUCGUGCUAUUGCUCAUAGCCUCAUACUUCCCCAACUUCCACAUUUCCAAUUCGAGUCUCAUGGCCUGAACUUCUCUUUCCUACCUGAGAUUCAACACAUCUUCAGGCCCGACAAGCCUACCACCGAGCCCUCGUUAAUCAAACGAACUCGCCCAUCAUGUCGUGGAAGGCAUCCGAAAGGCUGAUGGACACCAUCCGCCAUUACUCCCUCUUCCCUGCCACGGGGGUAAGUUUAAGGCAGAUGGUCCAGUUUGGCGAGAGACCGUCAGUUGGAACCCUGUUUCGAGCCUCUCAAUUUCUCGCCGAAGAGCUACCAAUUCGCCUUGCGCACCGAGUGCAGGAGCUCACAAGCCUUCCCGAUGGACUUAGUGAUAUGCCAUCGGUCAGGAGAGUCCAGGAUUGGUAUGCGCAGUCGUUCGAGGAGAUCAUCAACUUGGGGCGACCAGAGUUGUCAAAAGAAGUGCGAGAUCGACUCUUGAACUCGGGGAAAUUCAGUAACGGCAAAGGGCCUAUGCUCUCCGAAGCGACUCCGAAUCCAAGUAUCCGCGAAGGUCAGUAUGCCUCGGCGCCGCCGGCGCAAAUUGGUAUGGCAAACAGUAAGAAGCACCAAGCAACAAGGAGAUACUUUGCUAUGGUAGACGACAAUGGCGAUUGGCCACCGGAGUUACAGGCGUACAACUCCAAAUUUGCACAGACAUUACACAAGAUCAAGAGGCGGCACGAUGGCGUUGUCACAACGAUGGCACAAGGCAUCCUAGAAUACAAACGAAGGAGGCAACGCAUGCAGAUUGACAAUAACAUACAGUCCUUCCUGGAUCGUUUUUAUAUGUCUCGAAUAGGUAUUCGUAUGCUUAUCGGACAACACAUUGCCUUAACAGAUCAGAGCCACCACCGCGAUCCUACUUAUGUCGGUAUUAUCUGUACGAAGACAAAUGUGAGGGAUUUAGCGCAAGAGGCCAUUGAGAAUGCUCGGUUCGUAUGCGAAGACCACUAUGGACUCUUCGAAGCGCCCAAGAUCCAACUUGUCUGCAACCCCGAUCUGAACUUUAUGUACGUCCCCGGCCACUUAUCGCACAUGCUCUUCGAGACCUUGAAAAACUCGUUAAGAGCCGUUGUCGAGACGCACGGGCAGGACAAGCAAGAGUUCCCAGUGACGAAAGUGAUCGUCGCGGAAGGGAGGGAAGACAUUACAAUUAAGGUCAGCGAUGAGGGUGGCGGUAUACCGCGAAGUGCCAUCCCGCUGGUGUGGACUUACAUGUACACGACUGUAGACCGGACCCCUAACUUGGACCCUGAUUUUGAUAAGAGCGAUUUUAAGGCACCGAUGGCGGGCUUUGGCUACGGAUUACCGAUCUCGAGGCUUUACGCUCGAUAUUUCGGUGGUGAUUUAAAACUGAUUAGCAUGGAAGGGUACGGGACGGAUGUGUAUCUGCACCUCAACCGCUUGUCGAGCUCGUCGGAGCCCCUGCAAUAGCAAUCAGCAGUCAUGAGGGAGUGGUCAUCGUCCCAAGGAUUGACGUUGCCGCAUAGAAUCAAGUUGAGGAAACGGCUCAAGUUCUUCGAGGUCUCGGAGCGCAAGCAGGUCGGCGACACCGAAUCCAUGAUCAGCCAGGAAGACAGCCGCUUUUCUCGCGUCGACGACGAGAAAGCCGAGUUAUGAUCAUGAUUAGGUAUCUACCUAUCGUCACGCCGGUUUAUUUGUAUGAUUUAUUUAUAUAGGUCCUUUUCUUGUUUUCUUUUUUUUUUAAAUCUCGGAUUUUAUCUAUCUGUCCGUCCGUCCGUCCGACAAUGGAUGGGAUAGAGAUGAGAGACGAGAGAGAAAGAGAGAAGAGGGAUCAAAAGGUGAAAUUGGGGAGAAUAACGUGUAAUAGUCAGAAGAAAGAAAAAUGAAACAGGGCGGCCUUUUUUGGGGAGAGGAAGAGAGAUACGGCACGCCGUCUUUCUCUUCUCUCUUCGUUUUUUUUGGGGGGGGUUUUUUUUUCGGUAUCACUCUCCCCAAUGCUUCUUUUUUUCACUAGUUCUAAACGGCGCAGGAUGGGAAAUUACGGACGGAGGGGAAGAA